GAGAUGAAGAAGCGAUCUGAGGGUGACAUGAAGGGCGUCCUUGGCGCAGUCCCAACGGAUUGCGACACCUGCUCGGACGGCUCCGAUGAUUUCAAGGAGAAUUCUGAGUUGGAGAAGGAGACCACCUAUGAGGAGGUUUGCACAGAGAUGAAGAAGCGAUCUGAGGGUGACAUGAAGGGCGUCCUUGGCGCAGUCCCCACGGACUGCGACACCUGCUCGGACGGCUCCGAUGAUUUCAAGGUUGAUCUUGCUGACGACCCUCACGACAUCAGUUGGGUCGGCAAGCAGUUCUUGAACAGGCAUGAUUUGUGUGCUUUUUAUCACUGGCAGCUGCGCUAAGCCGUUGGUGUCCAUCAUAGCUCGCUGUGGCCAAAUUUGAG